AUGCCGCGGAUCCUCAACAUAAGAACAAUUUCUACAGUACUCAGCAUCCUCUCAUGGAUAUUCCUCCUCCUGCCAGCGAUUCAGGCCUUGCCACUCCCUUCGCUCAUCGCACGCGCAACCCGGAAGGAAGUGACAGUAACCCGCGAGCGAGUAUGUCUCAGACCUGCGCCAUGGACGCAGAUACUCUCAUUCUUCCUGACAAACUACAUCGCGAGAAUCGCAACGUUCAAGAAGACGUCCGGGUAUAAGGGAUCGAGGGACCACGUGCGCACAGCAAUAAGUUUAUUUGUGCCAUUUUACGGUAUCUCGCAGGCCGCCGAGACGAUUGCCCGGGGGGCGCGUUUUUUGGGUCGGGACGAGCUGGGCGGGGCGUUACAUGCUGGGGCGCUCUGCGUUGUGCAGAGGUUGGAGAAUUGGAGGCCGAGGAACGGCGAUACUGUUUAUGGGUGUGUUAUUAAGCCGCCACCGAGUAGAAAGGGAAGGAAGAGGAGGAGAGGGAGGAAGAAGGAUCCGUAUGUUACCAUAUUACAGGACUAUUAAACUAGGAGACUAACAUAUUGCAGCAGGAUCUAUAACAUCGAUACCCGUGAAGCUAUAAUCCAAAUUCAACUCCCGACAAUGAAACAGAUGUAUGAGCCCGAAAACUGGAAGAUACAAGGCCAGUACAGACUCCCAGAAGGCUACUGCUUCUCCUUCCUGCCAGCUGGCACCUCCCUUUCCCCAAUAAACCCACACACAAACCGCGAAGACAUAGUAAUCGCCUCCUCCUACGGCACAGCAAAGUCCUUCACUGGUGUCCUGCAAAUAAUUAUCUCAGUAUUCACGCUCUACUCCUCAUCUUCCGAUCAAGUCCAUCUGUACGGCUACGCUGCCUUUGGCUUUAGCGUUAUCCCCUACACGAUCAUGUCCUUUCUCAACGCAAUCGCGAAUUCGAUAGAGGCUGAUUACGAUACACUAUUCAUGGUCGAGUCGGAUGUUAUGGUUGAAGCGUAUGAGCGUACCGGCGAGGAGUUCGUUGGUGCAGUUGCGGCGCUGAAGCAGGUUGACGGUAAGGUGGUUGUGGACUUGAAAUUUCGGUGGAGUGCCGAGCGCGGUUGGCGUGCGUACGAGGUUGAUGAGGAUGGAGAGGAAAUGGGAAGGAGAUGGCGGGUUACGUUCGAGGAGGAAGAAAUCAACAACGAGCAUUUCUCGACGCCAGCUAGAAUCAACGAGAAUGCUGCUAUAAUCGUGGUCCCAGCCGAGGGACGGUACCGACUGCAGGAGAAGGUUGUCAAGUUUAGUCAGAAGGUUUAUAACUUCUCUGUCUUCAUUAUUAUUUUCAUCUCCCUCGUUAUUCCUUAUAUUGUCCUUGGCAGUCUCAGUCAUUUCAAAGCUGCGGACAGCACGACGAGACAGCGCACGUUCAUGAUGGGCUGGUUGGUUGUUGGCCAGGUUAUUGGCGUAGUGGACUUAAUUGAGUCUACCGGUGGUGGGAAGAAGCGGUGGUGGGAUUUGCUGGAGGAUUCUAUCAAAGUAGUUAUCGUCAUUGCGGGUUUUGCAUUUGCCGUUGGGGGGUUCAUUGAAGCGGGGAGGAUGAUGAGAAAUUUUGGUUUCUGUUUUAGGACUUGAGCCGGAUUUGCGGUUGCCGCAUCUUUUUUUCUCUUGGUCUUAUAUAUUUGUCUUUUUUGGCGUUGGUACGGCUUUCUGGUUUUUAUGAUACCCGGUUUGGUAACGGAGUGGGAUGUCUUUUCCUUUUUCCUUUUUCCUUUCACCUUCCUCUCCCUUCUCUUUAUCUACCGCGGGAUCGGGAAUUAAUCCUACGAGUAUGUUGAUGAAACCACCAUGUUAUCUAUAAACCUGAAUGUACUUUAGCUAUGUCACCGGAUCAGUAAAUGAUUAUUAUUCCCAAUU